AUGUCGCUGAUUCCAUUCAUAUUAGAUUUGGCCGAUGAGUUGCACGAAUUCAGUCGUUGCCUGGCCAAUGGAAUCGAUAUUAACGAUUUCGGAUUUGGUCUCUAUACUGGUUCCGAGCAACAAACUCACUCGCAACCCCCAUCAGCUUCAACAUCACCGCAGCAGCAGCAACAACAAAGUCCCAGACGCAGCCGGACCUCGUCUUUCUCCUCGUUUUGGCUGCCCUCGAAACGCCAUCAUCCAUACAAUCGGAUCAAAAGUGCCUGCUGUGGCAAAAACGCUGGGGAGGAGGGCGGUGCCACCAAUUCCAAUGUCGCCACUGCCAGUCCCGAAAAAGAUGCUACCAUAGUGCCAACACCGAACAAGACAGCUUCCUACUCGGUGGUCAAUAAGAAUGGCUUCCAGGUCAGCAUGAAUGUGAAACAAUUUGCUCCGAACGAGUUGUCGGUGAAGACAAUCGAUAAUUGCAUUGUGGUCGAGGGUCGCCACGACGACAAGGAGGAUGGCCACGGUGUCAUCUCGAGGCAUUUUGUACGCAAGUACAUGCUGCCCAAGGGAUACGAUCCCAAGGAUGUGAUGUCGACUCUAUCUUCGGAUGGCAUUUUAACUGUAAAGGCUCCGCCACCUCCUCCGCCUAGUGCAAAGGUUGACGAGCCGAACGAACGAAUUGUGGCAAUUCAGCCGACACCUGGACCAACCCAAAUGGUGCCAACACCAAUGUCUGCCGCUGCGGCCCAGCCAAAAGAGCAGACGAAAAAACUAUUAUCUCCAGCGGCUCGUGAAGAGUGUCAAUUGCCAGAAAAGAGACAAAAACUAGAUGUGGCCCAACAGCAGCAGCAGGAGGAGGAUGAGAAACAAGCCACAUUGAAACAGCAGCAAGCUCCAACACAAACAAUACCGGCAACAAUCACAACAACAACACAAUCCACAUCAACUCCACCACAGUCACCAACACCAGAGCAACCAGAUGCCGGGGCUGGUGCACUUAACGACAAUGAAAACGAUGGAGAGCAAACAGCUGAAAUUGAUGAUAAGCAACAACAGCAACAACAAAAAGGUGGUGAGGAUGUUGACGAAGGGGGACAACAACAACAGCAGCAACAACCACCAACAGCAGCAGAAGACAUUACUGAUAUAGAGACUAACAAUGCUGUGGCUGCCAUUACUGCUGAAGAAGAUAAGACUGAAAAUCAGCUGGAAACUAAAGAGUCUGAAAAACAAAAAACCGAAGAAGAGCAAAAAGAUGUGGUGGAGGAAAAGUUGCCCGAAACCAAUGGCAGUGACAACAUCAUCGGAGAAAUUGCCGAAGCAACUGAACCGGCUGCCGAAUCCUGCAAUACCACCACCACGACCAACAGUUCUGCCGAAAAAAUUAACGACGAAGUUCCUGCUGAGGCUGUGAGUGAAGCCGAUGGAAAAUCCACGGCCAUGGAAGUGGAUGGAGACGAUGAUGUGGCAGACCAGACCAAAACUACAGCUGAUGAAGAUGCGACGGUUACCGGUGCCAGUGAAGACAAGCUGAAGGAGGUCGUAACCGACGAAGAAAAGAAUGUUGAUGGCAAAUGCCCAGAAACAGCUGAAAAUUCCAAUUCCACACCAACAAACAGUGACAAAGAAGAACAAGACAAUAAAACAAAUUCCAAGUCAACCGGCGAAAAUCCAGCUGACGCCUCGGAGUCGCCAGUUGCCGCUGAAUCUGCCAAUGACAAAGUCACGGAUACAGAAACAGCUGUAGACACUACCACCACCACCACUGCCAACACUACCAUUGCCACAGACAUUGAUGUUGCCCUACUCAAAAAAGCUGCCGCAACAGCUGACGCUGCCGAAAUCACAGCUGCUGCAGAAAAUGCUUUGCUCUCCGAACCCAUGGAUGGCAUUGCAACCACUGACUCGGCCGUGGAUACCGUAGAGUGUUCUCUCUUUGCCAAAACAUUGGGAAAUGGCAACAGUAAUUCAGCAGCAACUGCCCUAGUGGCCAAGGAAGAGGUGGCCAACUAG